GGCAGAGGGACACCACACUGUGACUUACACAAAAGAGCUGGGUGAUAAGUUACAGAGAUCCUGGGUGCAGGGAAAGUGGUGGGUGCUGUUAGUAGGGAGAAGUUGGGUGCUGUUAUACUGCUGGGUGCUGUGGGUAGAGACAGGAUUGGGUGCUGCCGGGGGGAGGAGGAGGAGGAGGCGAGGCUGCAGGUGGUUAGGAGCUGAAUGAGGAAGUAAAAUAAAGUGACAGUUACUAAAGGAACCAGAACCUACAGACAGAGCCACCGGAAGACCUGCACAGAGUCACACGCAGUCUACCAGGAGCAGCACAAAUACAGGAACCUUGUGCCUGAGACCAGUUCAUGGCUGCGCUGCCUCCGGGGAUCCGUCUCUUCUUGUCCCUGUCCCGGGAUCAGUGGUUUCGGGCUCUGGUUCUGGUUCUCACCUUCCUGUUUUAUUGCAGCUUUCAUUUGUCUCGAAAGCCAAUCACAAUAGUGAAGGGGGAGCUGCACAGACAUUGCUCAGAGCCACAUGAGGUCGAGCUCCACAGUUACAAGGAGUUUGUUAUUCUCAAUCAAGGGCCCCUUCACUCAGUUCAGAAUGCAUCUCGCUGUGGUUGGGCCCCGUUUGAUAAGAAGAAUUACAAGCAGCUCCUGGGGGCUUUGGACUAUUCCUUCCUGUGCGCCUAUGCUAUUGGCAUGUUCCUCAGUGGGAUGAUUGGGGAGCGCUUGCCUCUCAGGUACUUCCUCUCCUGCGGGAUGUUGGCCAGUGGCUUAUUCACAGUGCUCUUUGGCUUUGGAUAUUUCUACAAUAUACACAACCUGUCCUACUACAUCAUCAUACAGGUACUGAAUGGUUUGGUUCAGACCACCGGUUGGCCGAGCGUUGUCACCUGCAUUGGAAACUGGUUUGGGAAAGGAAAGAGAGGCCUCAUUAUGGGAGUGUGGAACUCGCACACAUCAGUUGGCAACAUCCUGGGCUCUCUUAUUGCCGGAUACUGGGUGUCAACGUGCUGGGGGAUGUCCUUCUUGGUACCCGGAAUGAUCAUCUCCUUCAUGGGCAUCGUCUGCUUCCUCUUCCUUGUAGAGCACCCUCAGGAUAUUAAGUCUGAGCCCACACCGGCCCCUCAAGGCUCCCAUAUAUAUAAAGUCCAGAACAAGUUGCUACAGAUUACAGAGCCUCCAGAGCAGCAGGAGCUCCAGGACACUCUUGAACCUUCUCCCAUCUAUCCCACCCAUCAUGUCAUUGUCCUACAGAAAGAGAUCAAAAUUCCAGGAAAUGGAUCUGCUGCCAUCAGUUUCCUGGGGGCACUCAAAAUCCCGGGGGUAGUGGAAUUCUCCAUGUGUUUGCUUUUUGCUAAACUGGUCAGUUACACGUUUCUCUUCUGGUUGCCCCUUUACAUCACAAAUGUGGGUCACAUGGAUGUACGGCGAGCUGGGGACCUUUCAACACUUUUUGAUGUUGGAGGAAUUAUUGGUGGAAUUGUGGCUGGAGUCAUUUCUGAUAAAGCUCAAAAGCGUGCCACCACCUGUGGAUUCAUGUUACUUUGUGCUGCCCCCACAUUGUAUUUCUUCUCGUCGGUCAGUAACAUGGGGGUAAAUUUCACUGUUGGCAUGCUGCUGGUCUCUGGGGCUCUGGUGAAUGGACCUUACGCUCUCAUUACAACGGCUGUGUCUGCUGAUCUGGGGACCCACAAAUCUCUGAAAGGCAAUGCUCAUGCUCUGUCCACUGUUACUGCCAUUAUCGAUGGGACUGGGUCUGUGGGUGCUGCGCUGGGGCCACUGCUUGCCGGACUUCUGUCUCCGUAUGGAUGGGACAAUGUGUUCCUUAUGCUCAUGCUGAGUGAUGCUCUUGCCCUGCUGUUUCUGGUGCGGCUCAUAAGGAAGGAACUAAGUUGCCACCGGCCAAACGUACAGGAGACUACAGAAUACAAAGAGCACUGAGCAGCCUCCUGUCUAUUGUGUGUGAUUGUGAGUGAGUGUGUGCUGGUGAGUGUGCACUGGUGAGUGUGCUGGUGAGUGUGCUGGUGAGUGUGUGCUGGUGAGUGUGUGCUGGUGAGUUUACAAGUUGAGAGACAUGGGCAGUGGGCACAGUGACUGUGUAGAAGUGAUGGGGCACCUGGUGUAUGUGGCACACACUGCCUUCUGUACCUGCAACUGGGAACAGAUUUGGGGACAGAGACACAAUGGGGUAGAUUUACUAAAGGGCAAAGUGGGCGUUUCUAGAGAAAAUUCACCAGAAAUCCCAUUGGACAUCAGCAAUGUACUAACAGGCGUAGCGGACAAUUCACUAGCGAAAGAGUGCAGUUUCGCGCCCUAUCGCCAGGCAAAUGAACAUUAAUCUGCAAAUUUACUAAACUGAGAAUAUUAUAGAACGUUACCUAUUUCGCCAGAGUUUCCUUCACCAACUUAGACCUGGUGAACUGAUAAGAUAAAGCUACACCCUCCUCGAUCUUAUGUCAGUGACAUCAUAUCCUGUGUGCCGGAAAGUUGUAAAAAAAAAGUGGGAUUUUAAAGUGGGAUUGCCUUCAACAGAUUUUUGUGUUAACCAUGUGAUGGGCAUGGCACAUUUGUUUUAGGAUGGGCUCAUGUCUAGGACAUUAGAGGAUCUUUUUAACUUUUAUUUUGCGUCCUUGGACUUUUGUAAUUAUAAGUGGCCUUCAAGCAUUUGCACUUUAUUUGCACUUCUCUAAUAAAGACAUAUAUAUGACCUAUAUGUGCCCUAUUCAAAUUGACCUAAGCGUAAGUGUACUAAUGAAGUUUUGCUAGGCAGAAAUGAACACUAGUGAAAGAUCUCUAUUAUUCGCACUGACAAAGUAACUCUAGUGAAACUUCGCCAGCGUUUGGCUGUUGAGACGCAACUUCGCAUUUUAGUGAAUUAGCGUAGUGGUUGCAAAUUUACUCCUGUUGAAGUGGCGUGAAGUGUGCAAAGCCUUUAUAGGCAAAAAAUGUACCCUUUAGUAGAUUCACCCCAUUGUGUUUUAUAUCAUUUCUCUCUAAGGUGUUUGUAAACGAGGUACAGUACCCAGUUUGUGUGUGUAAAUAUACUAAGUAUACAGGCGACUAUGGCUGUGUGUGUGUGUGUGUGUGUGUAUACUGAGUAUACAGGUGGCUAUGGCUGUGUAUAGAUAUAUAGUAAGAAAAUUCAGACUAUGAAGUUCUAAUUUUUUUGUGAUGGGGAAAUAUUAUUUAUACAGAUUAUUUAUUUUUUUAUCUCUCAGGUAUUUUCUGAAAUAAUCAAUGUAAAAUUAUUUGAUGACUAGGGAGCCUUCAACCUCUGUUUAUGUAUACUCGGUUACAUUGUGUGUGUGUGUGUAUGUGUUACACUCACUGUUACAUGAUACAUUUCAGGGCCAGUGUGAGUGUGUAAUGAGCACAUGAGUGUCCACUCACUGUUACUUGCUGCUUGAUCAGAACCCAUGUGCAUUGGGGGGGAGGGUUCAGGUGGGACCAGGUAUUUGCUCUGAGUGCAGAUCUGGGUAUUAGGGAUAGAAAUGCCUGACUGCAGGAAAGUCGGGAUAUGCACUUUAAUAACGGAUCCAUUUCCUACAUAGGUCUCGCUUUAUCCCCUGUCACUGAAAUGUAUUGUCUUUUAAUAAAGAAAUGUCUCCAAA